UGAAAAAGAAGUGAAAGAAUUUAGGGCAAGUUCCAACCCGCUGUACUCGAAUUCUCCUGAACUACUAAUACUGUCUAGUUCCCGGCCAAUUCUGUCUCUAACUCUUCCUAUCUUCGUUAGCAGGUUAUUUAGUUUCAAGCAGCUUUUACCUUGGGUUGCCAUGAAUACGUCUUAUGGAGCAAAUUUAGAGAUAUCACAAUGCAUUGCUGCGUCCCCCAUUUGUCGUGCAAAAUCAUCUAUCUUUGAACCAAGAUCAUGUGUACCCAAGCUCAAAGGCUUCUCAAAGAAGGUGCUGCCUUUAUGCAAAGAUCUUCAUGCUAAAAGUAACAGGGAGAGAAGCAUUACGUUCUCGGUUACUGCUAGUGCCAGUCCAGUUGAUACUGCUGCAGAUGAGCCCAGCAGUCUUACAUAUAAGGAUGCUGGUGUGGACAUUGAUGCAGGGUCGGAGCUUGUGAGGAGAAUAGCCAAAAUGGCACCUGGAAUUGGGGGAUUCGGAGGUCUCUUUCCAUUAGGGGAUUCAUACCUCGUGGCUGGUACUGAUGGUGUGGGGACAAAGCUUAAGUUGGCAUAUGAAACGGGAAUUCAUGAUACCAUUGGGAUUGACCUGGUUGCAAUGAGUGUUAAUGACAUCGUCACUUCUGGAGCAAAACCUUUAUUUUUCCUUGAUUAUUUCGCCACUAGCCGUCUUGAUGUUGACCUUGCAGAGAAGGUCAUAAAAGGUAUUGUGGAUGGUUGCCAGCAAUCUGACUGUGCUCUUCUAGGAGGAGAGACUGCAGAGAUGCCCGAUUUCUAUGCCGAAGGCGAGUAUGAUCUCAGUGGAUUUGCUGUGGGCAUUGUGAAAAAGGAUUCAGUUAUUGAUGGGAAAAGCAUCAAGGUUGGAGAUGUUCUUAUUGGCUUACCAUCUAGUGGAGUUCAUUCAAAUGGGUUUUCUCUUGUUAGGAGGGUUCUGAAGCAAAGUGGUCUUUCUUUGAAAGACCAGCUUCCCGGUGAAACUAUUACACUAGGCGAAGCUCUGAUAGCCCCAACUGUUAUAUAUGUUAAACAGGUCCUUGAUAUUAUUAGCAAAGGAGGGGUUAAAGGAAUAGCCCACAUUACUGGAGGCGGAUUCACUGAUAAUAUCCCUCGAGUAUUUCCUAAAGGCCUUGGAGCCAUUAUUUACGAGGACUCUUGGGCAGUUCCUCCUGUAUUUAAAUGGAUUCAGAAGGCGGGAAGAAUAGAAGAUGCUGAGAUGAUGCGGACUUUCAAUAUGGGAAUUGGGAUGGUCCUCGUAGUUAGUCCAGAAGCAGCUGACCGGAUACUUGAGGAAGUGCAGAAAACGGGCAUAGCAUACCGCAUUGGUGAAGUUGUAAAAGGUGAUGGAGUAAGCUAUAGCUAAAAGCUGUGCAAAUGGUCGGGUGAUCUCUAUGUUCAUCUGCCUACUUUCGAUUAAGAGUUCAAAAUUUUGGAGCCUUUCGCAUCCUGUUUAAGGUUCUUUGUAUCGUCUAACAACAAAUGUAUAAGCUCUUAUAGAUGUGUUCUGUUAUGUGCACUAGUGUCAUCUAUAACUUCUGUUGAACAAUGAGGAUGUAGACAACUUUUAAGAGGUCGAGAAAUGGUUUUGCAUGUAUUUUAGGAGAUAAUUUUUGGUUAAAUUCCAUUUGGAUCAAAA